GAGUUUAUCUCUAGUCUCGUGGCGCAGAUAGAACCGAGCAAAGAUAAAACGUUACGAGCUAUCACAAAGGAAAUGUUUGGUCCUGCUGGACAGUGGAUGGAUAGUAAUGAAUGGCGACUCCAGUUGCAUUUUGAAGAGUCUGCAUUUACAAUGCACGUCAGACGAAAAGCAUUAUUUAUGCAUUUUGUUAUCUCGUAAGCCCUGGUAGUAACGUCCAUUAGUAAGUGGACCGGUGUGCAGGAUAGUCCCAAGAUUUAUCAUAAUGAAACCAGUCAACAGUGCAAAAAAUCAAUACCUGGCAACAUUUUUCUUAAAUUUGCUGGCGAUUAGCUAUGGUUCCAGUUCGGGGUGGAUGUCACCCUCGAUUCCGAUUCUGCAAUCGGAAAACUCACCACUGCCCAGUGGACCCAUUUCCACAGAGGAAGGUGCCUGGAUUGGAGCAACGCUUUGCCUUGGUGGAGUGGUCGGGAACAUCGUGUCCGGAUGGAUGGCCGAUCGGUAUGGACGAAAGUGGACAGCGUACAUUGCAGUUAUACCCCAAAUUGUUUCGUGGAUUUUGGUCAUAGUUGCAGAUAAUGUAUAUUACUUGAUCGCAAUGCGGUUUCUUUCGGGUUUUGGAGGAGGAGUCUGCUACAUGAUAAAUCCCAUGUUUAUCGCCGAAAUUGCUGAAGACAGGAUAAGAGGACUUCUCGGUUCGACCUUGGUCUUUUCCAGCAAUUUAGGGCUCUUGGUUAUGUACAUUUUGGGUGCUUCAGUACCAUACCACAUAGUGCCAUACGUGCUGAUUACCGUACCAGUGGUUUUUCUGAUUGGGUUCAUCUCCGUUCCCGAUACACCUUUCCACUAUAUGAGGCAAAACAAGUAUCAGAGUUCGGAAAGUUCACUUAAGUUCUACCGUGGCUAUUCAUCAGAAAGAGAGCUCGUUUCUGUGGAAUUCCAACAGGAGCUGCUCCGAUUGAAGGACUAUUGCGGAGACGAGAAACAAGUCGCCCACAAAAAUCAAAUCACAUGGAAAGAUUUAAGUACACCUCACGCCAGGAAGGCAUUCCUGAUUGGAAUCUGCUUGAUGGCUUUCAAUCAAUUUUGUGGCUGUUUUGCCAUGCUCAACUAUACGGCAACUAUUUUUGCGGACUCUGGUUCCACGUUGUCGGCCAACAUGUCGGCCAUCGUUACGGGUUCACUGCAGAUGGUAGGAUCGUACUGUUCCACGCUGCUGGUCGAACGCGCUGGACGAAAGCCGCUCCUGAUACUAUCCGGCACAGGCAUGGCAAUAGGCCUUACGAUUUUUUCCGGAUAUUCGUACGCCAAAGCUCUUGGCUAUGAUGUGGAUUCCUUCAGAUGGCUACCAUUAGUUUGCUUUUCGUUCGUUAUAUUCAUUGCCUCCAUCGGAGUGCUGCCACUGCCUUUCCUGGUUCUAGCCGAAUUGGUACCACAGAAGACAAAGGAGUUAAUAUUCAGCACAUGCAUGAGCAUCUCAUGGCUUUUUGCGUUCAUCUCGGUUAAGUAUGUUGCAACACUAUUCGGCUUACUCGGCAUACAUGGUACCAUGAUGCUCUUUGCUGCGUGUUCUAUGAGUGGAGUUCUGUUUGUGGCAUUCAUGGUUCCGGAAACCAAAGGCAAAAGUUUCGAUGUCAUUGCCAAAAUGAUGAGUUAAAUAAACGAAAGAAAACAUCCAGUAGAA